GGAUCUUUGUAUCUGGAACGAAAUUCGUUGAGAAAGGCGACCGCAUUCAUCUGGUCUGUAACUCCACGGGUGUCCUUGACUCGCCUGAAGACCUAGAUUGGUUCAAGGACGGGAUCAAGCUGACCCCAGACGGAUUAAGACAGAUUAAAAUUGACAAAUUUCACGUUCGAGCUACUCGGACAUUGGUCAGCGUUUUAGAGAUCAAACAUAGCAAGAUGGAAGACUCUGGGACAUACGUUUGUAGGAGUAGUGACUUGUCCAUUACCAGCACGAAAGUACACGUACUGAACGGUAAUGUAAUAUUUUGUGUGGCUGUAGUCUUGUCUGUAUUACUGUAUUGUGUGUGGUUGUAG